AUGCAGAUGAAGCGGCGGAAGGUGCUUGCUCUCUCUCUCUCUCUCUCUCUCUCUCUCUCUCUCUCUCUAGCUCUAGGGUCAAUAAAGGGCUAGGAAUGAGAUGAUCUUGUGGUAGCCUGAGCCCCAGGAGAGUUAACCGAGACUCUGACCCAGCUGGUGCAAGAGGUUAAAGACGAAAAAGAGAGCACUGCAGGACUUGUAUGAUGAUCCCGCCUGGCCCAGAUAAGGCUGACCCAGCCCUCUUUAAUAGACACAGCCACAUCUCUCUUUAAGAGAGAGGUGCUCGGGCUCUGCCUAGUAGACCUCAGAGAAGCAGUCACAGAGAGAGAGAGAGAGAGAGAGAGCAGUAGGGAGCCACAGAGUGAGUCUUCUUUCAAUCCCAUAACAAAGCAACAAUGCAGCAGAGGAAGAAGAAGAUAGACGGCAGGAAGCAAUCUAUACUCAUCAAAACCCACAAGGGCAGAUGGCGGCUCUACUAAACCCUGAUCAUAGGGGAGCCUGGUCCACGAGCUCCAUCUUCAUGGCCAAGCCCCCGAUCAUCGGACGGACGGCUGUUGACCCCUCAGAUGGCGGCGAAGUAGUCCUUGCUGAGCUUCGGGUCGGGCUUCAUCGACCGGUCCCCGGGCUUCCAUCCCGCCGGGCACACCUCGUCCGGGUUCUCUUGAACAUAUUGCAACGCCUGAGGAUGAAGCGGUACGGGUUCAGACUGGUCAAGAAGGAGACGACGAAGACGAAGACGAAGAAGAAGAAGAGCCCAGUAUUUCUGAGAGCUUGAAAAAUUAAAGACAAUUUUUUUUAGGGCGAAAUGAACAGUCUCAGAGGCGAGGUUUUGGUGGGUGGCUCAGAUGCUCACCAAUUUAAUCACCUACGCUGUUGUUCUCAUAGCUCAUGGAAAUCAAAAUUCUUCUCACUUAUUAUAGAUUAUAAGCAGAAUCCUCACUGGGGUUUGAUCCAGCUAUCAUUAUAAUAAUUAUUAUUAUGAUUAUUAUCAUUAUUAUUAUCAUUAUAUUUUGUUAGUACCUGGAGAGUUCUCAAUGUUUCGUCCACGCUCCGACCAAUGGCGAGGUUGUUGAUGGUGGAGUGCUGGAUGACUCCCUCCUUGUCAAUGAUGAAGAGGCCACGGAGGGCGAUUCCCUGAAAGCCACAGAAUAUGCGGAGAUUUUCAGAGGAUUUUCAGAGGAUUUUCUCGGCAAUUCCUUUGAUGAGUUUCAUAACUGCCCACAAUAGUAUGCUUUCUGAGAUCGAAAUCGAGGAGAAUUGCCCAUAAGAAAGAAGUUGUACCUGGUCGGGAAUCAAGACCCCAUAAGAUUGCGAGAUCGAUUUGGUUACAUCAGACACCAAUGGGUAGUUCAGGUCUCCAAGACCCCCAGACUUCCGAUCUGUUUGGACCCAAGCAAGAUGGGAGAACUACAAACAUAUAUAUAUAAAAAUCACAAAUGAUCAGCAUAGUCCAAUAAUUUCUACAGAUUAUCAAGAUCAGAAUUAAGGGUAUAUUUUCCUGAAAAAUAGUGGAUCAAUCUGGUUGAUUAAAAAAAAAAAAAACCUCCAUCGUCCGCAAGAUAAGAUAGAUAAAAAUAGAAAUUGUAUGAUUUUCCCUUCAUCUCAGAUCACUAGGAGAAAAACAAGGAGUAGACUUGAGAAAAUGAGGAAAAAAACAUUAGCAAUUUAAUCUCAAACUAUCUUCAAUAGAUAUGCUCGAAAAAAUGAUGAAUCUGGAUUGGCUGAUCAUCCACUCAGCCAGAAAACGAAGUAACAUUCACCCAAGGUAAUUUAUCUCACGUGAAUAAAAGAUGAAAUAUCAUACCACACUGUCGACUGAAACACCCAGAAUCUCCGUGUUCACCUUCUCAAACUCCGAGUAUCGGUCGCUGAAUGCAGUAAUUUCUGCAGUACAGAAAUUAACAACAUUUUAAAAAAUAUCCCAUCCAACAAAGCUUUAAUUCCAACCAAAGAAAUCUGAUGAUGAACAUGAAAAUUACAGAAGCUUACCCGUGGGACAAACGAAGGUAAAAUCCAACGGGUAGAAAAAUAGUAUCACAUACUUCUUUCCAAUAUAGUCGGAGAGAUUGACCUGUGACAAAUACCAAAUAAUUAAAAGGGUCCUUUGGAGAACACAAACUGAGAUGGAGAUGAAGGUUAUAAACACCUAUGAUUAGUUCUACAGUGUCAGGCUCACAUAUCUGGUUCCCGACGACAGAGAAAAUAACCCAACCCAUAUGUAAACGAUGGGGCUCGGAGUCAACUCAAUGAACAUUCUCUAAAUACAGAGGGUCAAAACGACUAGGAAGCUGACCAUUUUUUUCAUAAAAAAAAAUUCUACUAUUCAUUCCAUCAGCCACCGCUCCCCAAAAAAUCCCCAACCGCAGCUCCCUUUUCCUGUUUUUGCCAUUAAAACGUCGCUUGUUUGCUUCGUUCCAUAGACGUUUAAGCAGCACAGAACCGUGAGAUCUGAGAAACUGGCCACAUCAAACCGGCUUAUAGAUUCCUUCCAUUUUUUAUAUCAUUCCCCUAAUAGGAGAAGGGAAGAGGAAACGAGCCAAGAAAAGCGAAUGCACAUAGAUUAUAUCUCACGCAUUGCCGAAAGAGAACACCUAACACGCUCGACUCUAGAGGAUUAUACCUUGAUGAAUUCCUGAUCGAAGACCGCUUCAGCUUCGAAAUUUGGUGCAGUGUUUCCGACCAGUGGGAGCUGGGUCUGCAUGAAUCAUUGGAAAAAUCGUCACAAGGGAAGGAAAUUCGGAAGAACGCACGCGCGAGGGAGUCGGGGGAUUGUACGGCUCGCGAUACGUGUAGAGUACUGGAUAUGAAGCAUGAGCAAGUACACCCCACAGCCAGGCUCCUUUGACCAGAAGAUGAACGAGGAAAACCCGAUGAAUCACCGCGACACAAAUCCAGACUAACGACCAAGGGCACCACGAUCACCGGAGCGGGGACGGACGACGAGGCCUUACCGCAUUGACGGAGAAGCUCCUCUUGGCGGACCGGGAGGGGGAAGCCGGCUUCGCGGAGCGGAGAGGCGGGACGGAGCUCCUCCUUAAGCCUUGGAAGGUCCUGGGCACGGUCAGGCUCUGGGAGGAGCCCACCCUGAGAGGAGGCGAGGCCAGGGAGGCCAUCGCCGCCGCCCCAGCCUUGGAGGAGAUCAUCGAGGGAGCUGCGCAAGCCAUCGCCCAGUACCCUAUCUGUCUAUCUGUCGCCCAGACACUCGCUCUCGUGCCUGAGGAUAAGCAGCCAGGUAGAUAUAUAAUGGGGCUGUCGGUGUAACCCAUCAAAUGGACGGUCCGAUGAUGGGAUCUCCACCCCCAGAUGGCAUCCUGACCGUCUAUCUCAUCUCUCCCACUGAGGGCAUCAUCGUGCCAUCGCGAUGUUCUCAUCGGCUCGUUACGCCCAGUUUCUCCACACAGAAAAAAAAGCUGGAUUUUUUAUAGGUAGAAAACCCGGUAAUUAUAGAAAAUUGAAGAGAAUUUAGCCUCGAACUUAUUAUGAUGAUGAAAAAAAUAAUAUUUAUGCACAUAAACUCGCAAGAUCCACAGAUUUUGGGGGAAGGGGGGUCUUUCUUCGGGACAUCGUCUCAGUCCUGCCGCCCAGGGUCGCCGGCGGCGGCCUUCAUAUCUUGCAUGACCCGCUCGAUCUCCGCGAUUCCAUUCAGCUUCUCCUCGCGGUCGUGGUGGCUCUGGCGGUGCCUGAUCCCGGGAGGCUCCUGGCUGCGCUGCGGCGGCGCCGACGGCGAUGCCCAAUACCCGCCGGCUCCGGCGGCCGCCGGCUGCGGAAGCCCGUACCCGUAUCCUCCGUCUCCGGCGGCCGCCGGCUGCGGAGGCCCGUACCCGUACCUUCCGUCUCCGGCGGCCGCCUGCUGUGGAAGCCCGUACCCGUACCCCCCGGGUCCUACUGCCGCCGGCGGAAGCCCGUACCCCCCCCCGGGUCCGGCUGCCGGAGGUGGAGGCCUGUAACCCCCGGGUCCGGCUGCCGGGGGCGGAGGACCGUAGCCCCCGGGUCCGGUGGCCGGCGGCGGGGGAGGCGGCGUGUGAGGGGCAGGAUGAGGAGCUCGGCCGGAGGCUUGUCUGAGGAUAUACUGGAGGAGUUCGACAGCGAUGGACUGGCCCUUGUCGGUGAAGUUCCUGAUGUAGAACAUGAGCCACUCCCCGGACCUGAGACUGAUCUCCAUCAGCUUCCCGUUGAUGCCGGCCUCGUGCAUGGCCAGGAAAGGGUACACGAACUUGUUGUACACGUACCACGCCCCCUGCCAUCAUCAGAUCACAAGACACAGCCCCAUAUUUCAUCGUGAGACUUGGAAACAGUGAUGGUUGACUUUGACCGAAUAACUCUCCCCCCGCGAGCUUCGAGAUUCCUUAUUCUUGGGUGACUUGAAAAACAAAUCGGUGGGUUUUCAACAAAAGUCAACUAUGCUGCGAUUUCAAGAUUGUUUGUUGGGGAAAGUUCCAGGCCUCCUACCUUACCCAUUUCUAGACCCAACUUCUGAUCAACUAAAAACUAUUUUUAGUCAACUUGUUGCCUUUCAAAGCUCGUGUAUUUGGUAAUUUAUCUGGCCCUCCCACCCAAUCCAUUGAUUCUCCUAUUUCAAACACAAACAUGGUUGACUCAGUUAUAAAUAUUUGUCAGCAAAAGUCAACAUGUCACCCCAUCUAAGCAUCUUGUAUCGUGUCAAAGCUAGGAGUUUGGUAACCUGACACACUAACACUCUUCAUUCGGAGACUACAGCCGUUGACUUGGCUCGAACAAUAUGAAGCUAUGUAUGUUGGCUCAACAGCAAAGUCAUCUAUUAGUGAAGGGUUUGUACCUGAGUCCUUGGGUGCCAAAGAAAGAUGAUGAAGGCGAGCUUUGCUUCACCGUACAGCGGCAACCUGUCGAUGUAUUUUUGAAUCAAUGAAAACGUACAAACCAGAAGAUGUCGCGAAGCUACGAUCAAUCGCGAGAGGGGGGAAAAAAGGUAUGAAAAAAUUACCACGAGACGAACAGAUCACCGAAUUUCUCCACCGCAGUCAACAGCCCUAUUAUAAUCCUGCAAUCAUGGUUCGUCAAUUCGUUGACUUUAAAUGCAGAGUUUAUCGUUGAGAAGUCAAAGCAAAGGAGUUUCGGCCUUCUGUCGCAGUUGUUCUAAACAGGAAAAUCCGACAGAGAAUCGACCUACACCUGUAUGUUUGUCCGUUUUAUCUCUCGGAAUUCCCUAUUUUGUUAUUUCUUCUUCUGAAAACUAGGUUUUAGUUUUCAGUUGCGGUGAAUUUCUUCGUCUGUUCGCGGAAGGAUGGAUCCCGGAAUUCGUGGGGAAGAAUCAUAGGGUUGAGAGGGAGAUCGGAGAAGGCGCACCAGUAUUGACACCAGAACCGGAACAGCUCGAUCUGCGGCCUGUCCUUCUCGAUAGUCCUGAAGCAUUCGAACGCCGGAUAUGCGUACCCUAGCAGAAGCCUGCGAGCGGAGAGGAGGAAACAAGGGUAUGGCGUUCGAUCCGUCAGAUCAGCCAUGGCAGCGAACGGAAAGAUGCCGAAGAUGGACGCCGUGUGCGACAAAUUUAGAAGAGGAGCAGAGACUUACACCAGGAUUGAAUUGACGAAUUCCCCCAGCAUAUUUCCCCCUCCUAGAAGAAGAAGAAGAAGAAGAAGAAGAUCGCACGGAAUCGGAAUUAGGGAUGAAACAGAGAACCAGAUAUCGCGAAUUACUUCAGCUCCUGUUCAGAAUCGAAAAAUUAGGGGAGAAAAUCGUAACACGGCGAUUUGCAUACCGAGAAUCUCGCCCCGUGGGCCUCUAGAAACCUCCCGUACAGGAUAGUGACUCUAGAGAAAGAGAGAGAGAGAGAGAGGGUGUAUCUGUCUGAACAGAUAAAUCAGAAGACUUGGAGAGGAAUUUAUUGAGUGAGCGGCUGGUAUUGGGAUUGAGUCGGGGAGGAGGGAAGUUGAAGAAGACGACCGCGGCUUCCCCGCUUCUUCUUCUCCAUCAUCUUCUUCUCCUUCACGUCACAGAGAAAGAAAUCUGGUUCGGCAGACGGGGGAACGAAGGAUCGGAGAGAGAGGGAGAGAGAGAGAAAAACAAACAAGACUCCUCGCCGCCGAAGGGGCGGGGGAUGAGAUGGUUGGCGCGGUCCUAAACCGUUGACAAUUACCAUAUGACCAUACAAUGACUUCAAAUUUACAGACUAUUAAACCAAUACACCGGAUACUCUAGAGGGUAUGUUGGUAAAUGAACGCCGGCCCCGCUAUCCAGUCCCUUCUAUCAUUUGCGUGCGGACCCACUAGGCAUGACCGAAAAUUUUCAGGUGGACUUCCCAGCGGGACCGUGUUGACCCAGUCUAAUGGGAAAUCCUUUUUUUAACAUAAAUUCAUUUAAAUGGGAGAUAAAUUAGUUUAAUAAUUAUUUAUGUAUUUAAAUAAUUAUUAUUUAUUUUCUUCUGGGUUUAAAAAUAGUGGGUUGACCUCUGGAUUCCCUAGCGUCAUUAGCACGUGUAAUUUUUCAAUACGUUCGCAAGUUUGUCAUUGAAUAAUUAGUCAAUUAUAUAUUAUUAUGGAGCUCUUCUACAUUUUUUAUCCCAAUUUUAACGAAAAAAUUAAAAGUCAAAUUUAUUCGGUGGUGGUAUUUCCUAUUGGAUAAAAAAUAUGUUUUUGUAUGUUAAUAUUUGGAAAUAAGCUAUAAAUUAUGAAGUUAUAUGGUACCUUGAAUGUUCCGUCUGCUGGUCAACGGUGUAGACAGGCAGAUUUUGGCAUGAAACACGUUUCGUGCGGCGUCAAAAAGCUCAGAGGUUUUAGACGGGCUGAUUCCUUGUUCCGCAGAUGAAGCCCGGGUUUCAUCGGACGGCUGACGGGUGAUCAGGUGGCGGUCAACGGGCAUCGCCCAGAUGAGGACAACGUAAGAUUCUGGCGGCCUCAUCCCCGGCGAACACGUACCACUCGUUCCUCCCUGGCGGCGGCAGUAUACGCCAUCAGAUUGGGACACCCGUCAGAGAAACAUCCUCCCAGUGACUUGAAGCCGUCAACCGCGACGACCUUCAGCUCACCAGCCGCAAAGUGGGGGGGCGCUGAUUUCUGUAGUCAAGUGGGGCUUUCCGAAGGUAGAGAGAGCCCAAAGGUUGACUCUGCCGACUAGCCUCUCUAUGAACCACCACCUCCCGGCUACCUGACAGCCGCUCUUUCUUCCUCCUCAAAGCCGGUAAAGUUUCUCUCUCUCUCUCUCUCUCUCUCUCUCUCUCUCUCUCUCUCUACUUAUAGAAUAUAACGGUUCCUUUCGUACCAGACAGCUCCCUCACCUCUCCUCCCCUUUGGCGAAGGCCUAGUAGAGAAGAUUGCGUGCUUGAGAUAAUAUUAAAUGUCAUAAAUCACCGUUUCGAGAAGUCGUAUCCACUAAUAUAUGUCUGAUACAAAAAUUACUAUCGUAUGCAAGUUAGCGAGGUGCAAGGGUCAACGCGUUGAGUAAGAACACGAUCGUACGCAAGGUAAUUGUUACAUAAGCAGGUCAACAACAAAAGGAUAAUUACCAAUGCAUGCAGAAGAAAACCAAGAAAACAAAGAAAAAAUGUUGCCUUGGUUUGAGAGCUCUGAUUGAACCAUAUGAUUUGAUCAACAUAUUAUCACGUAGUGGGUCAACCUAUGUUGGUAUUCUCUUGACUUUUUUCCAUUUUCCUUUUUUUGGCAACAUGGAAAUUGCAAGAACGUAAUUGAAAUAGAUUAUCUUGUUUUGAUCUAGCAGAUUACCCUUUCAGCUCAUCUUAGAGAUCUUUCUUCCAUUCCAACUUGUUCUAGCAACUCAAGAACGUAAGUUGGUAUGGCCACAUCACUUUGACUAGCAGCGUAUCUUUUGUUGAGAAGUGGGCAUGGUGAUACUCUUACCAAGAAUCUUUCCCCUUGCCAUUUUCCUAUUUUUCUCAUAUUUUCUGAGCAUCAUAUGAUUGGAGCUUCUUAUGUUAUGGGUAGCAUGUCUUCUAAGAUGUUUUGAACGUAUUUAUUCAUGGAGAAAAUUGAUUGACCCUCCCCCCCCCCCCUUCCCUCAAAGGUGGUGCCUGAUGUUCACACUGACGAUGACAUUCAAAUGUGAGUUUCUAGAACAUCAACGGGUCCGUGACACCUUCAAAAGUCAAAGCCAAUGAACAUGCUGUCUGCCUCUCGACUAGUCAACUGAAGAGGGCUUACUACCGCCGACCAAAGUCAAAGCUAGUCGAUGGACGAGAUCAGUCAUGGGUUUCAUCGAACGGGAGAAAAAUCAUUAAGGAGAGGUCUCUGGAGGUGGCGGCUGAUGGGGGUUUGAGCUUGGGCGGGAAAUGAGAGUUAUGUGCCCGCACAUGUUGGAUCUUGUCAUGGUUAUUGUGCAAAAUAGAGAUGCACAAGAAUGAUUAUGAAUGCUUUAAUUUUUUUAAUAUGGCAUUUAUUUGACACGUGGCAUAUAGUCGAUUAACUCUGAUUUUAAUUAUUCCGAAAAUUACGUCUGUUAUUUAGACUAGUUUCCAUUUUUGGUUUUAAAUCUAUCUCGGUUGGGUCACGUGCCCAUAAAUGCCCGUCCUUCCCUGAGCUCGGUUCCCAGCCUCCCUUUCUCAGCUCUCCAUAACUCCGUCAACUUCCCUUCUCCCUCUUCUACACUCUCUCUCUCUCUCUCUCUCGUACGCUCGCUCUCUGUAUAAAUAUAAGAUAAUUGACGAGAGGAAUUCAGAGGAGAAAGCAACGGCCUUUUCCCAACCCGACGGGACAAACCCGGACGUUGCCCACCCCCCCCCCCCUCACUGCUCUCUCUCUCUCUCUCUCUAGAUCUCCCUAAAAGUAGCCAUGUCGUCGUCGGGAGGGUGGAAGCCCCGAUCACGCCACCCGGCGGUCGUCCACCUGGGCUGCGGCUGCCGAAGGAGAAAGCUCCCCUUCCUCUUCUCCUCUCCGCUGAGGAAGGUCAAACCCUCCUCCUCAGCUGCCACCACGACCGCCGCCGCAACGGCCACCUCGCCAUCUUCCUCGAAGAGUGUGCCCAGCGGAGCCGGCAGCGCCGGUAAUGGCGCAGGCAGCGUGGCGGUGGUGGUGGAGUCGGCCGACCCUUACCAUGACUUCCGGAGGUCGAUGAUCCAGAUGAUCGUGGAGAACGAGAUCUACGAGCGGGAUGGCCAGGAAGAGCUCCUCCGCCGCUUCCUCUCCCUCAACUCCGCCAGCCAACACGACGUCAUCUUCCGGGCCUUCGUCGGAAUCUGCGACGGCGCCUUUUCCUCCUCCACGGCGGCGCCACCUCCCGUCGCCGCCUCCUCGUCCACUGUUGCCCCCGCCUGCUUCCGCGGCAGCUGCGGUGGAGGGUACGGUUUGGGGUUCCCUUAAGAAUCGCUCUGCGCACUCCAACGUUAAUCCGCACACGUGCGGGCUAACCACAUGCACUGUAGCCUACGUCGUAUUUCCUUCUCCUUUUGUUGCAUCGCACGUGUGAAGUGGCCAUCCGACUUGGACCGAGAGAUAUGGAACGUUGACUAGGAUUCCGAGAAGGAGGUCUAAAUUAUCUCGAACCUUUUUUAUUAUUGGCGAGCGAUUUAUGUGCGGGCGACACGUGUUAGGGGGGGUGAGGGGGUUGGAUCAUAUCGAUGGCUGUGCUAUUUCAUUUAAUUAGACAUAACUUUGCAUACUUUAUACAAUGAAGCGUUAAUCAUUAAAUUAGGGGUCCCAAAAAUGACUCGAUUAGAUCUGGUUCUCCCUUCGAUUCCUAGGAUCUAAACUUGACUCGUCAUCAAGAAAAGCCCAUAAAGUAGAGAGAGAGAGAGAGAGAGAGAGAGAGAGAGAUUGGGCUAGUCAAGCAAAGAGCCGGGCACCACUAUUUGAGCUAUUUCCUCCAAUCCGCCGGGCUGUUCUUACUAGUAUUGACAACCAGCAUUGAUAUUUUCACAGAGAGAGAGAGAGAGAGAGAGAGAGAGAGAGAGAGAGAGAGAGAGAGAGAGAGGAGAGAGAACCUGGUGAAUCAACAUCCGCGCUGCCAGCUCUCUCUCACCGUUCCAAGACGCCUAAUUUGGUGAAAACCUCAACCAGUUGACCAUGCCAAAAUAACACUAGAUCAAUGUCAAGGGGAAAGCUCGAGUGAGCCGCUUGCUAGGAAUAACCAUUAAUAGUUCUGGGUGUCCUUCCAGACACCGUUCAUAGCAAUCACAUGCCCCAUCCGUCUUCAGAGCCAGAGAGAUAGAGAGAGAAGAUGCAAUAUAUAGAGAGAGAAAGAGAUAGAGAUAGAGGAGAGGGAGAGAGGGGGGGGCAGACACCGUUGUCCCAUACCCACGGGAGUAAUCUGCUGAGUCUCUUUGGGCGGAUGAGCUAGAAGUAUGUGCCUUCUGGAGGCUGGACGAGCUUCCGGUUAUGGGGCGCCGCCAUCUCCCUUCUCAGCUGGGUCAGAAUAUCGGCCAUCGUGUAGUCCCUCAGCCAGUUCGCCAGCAUCGCAAACUUCCUCGAUUCCACCUGAUCAGUUCGCAGGAAGCUCUUAAGAACACGGAAAUAGUAAUCUCGGCUGCAGCUGAGCUCGUCUGCCCAGAGAUUUCUUCACCAAAACCAGUUAAUUAAUCACCACCGCCUCCACAUCACAUCCAUCUCCUCUUCAAAAUCCAUCUCUUUUUUUUCUUUUUUUUUCUUUUUUUAAAGAGAGACAGAUGGUUUGAUUGAUCUCAGAUCAUAGCAGAGACAAGAUCAUGAGCUAUAUAUAGUGUAAGAAUUUCAGCUGAAAUGAGUGCGGUGGGAGAAGAUGAAUCCCAGGACAUGAUCAGACAACUUAGAUCAAGACAAAAGUAAUCUUUCAUCAGUCUUUCUGGAUGAGAGAAGCACACACACACACACACACACAAACACAGAGGGAUUGAGCCAUUUCAUCCAAUCUUUCCACUAUUUUCAUUGCUAUUUGCGGUCGGAUAUUAUAUAGAUACCGGGCAAUCUAGUUACUGUCUCAUACGCAUCUCGUCUUCUGGGAGGAAAAGAGAAAAGAAUUACAAUUCCCUAUGAACCAAAGUUCUAAUUUAGCUUCCCUGCGGAUUCUUACCAUGAAAAGAAAAGAAAAGAAAAGAAAGCAGAUCCCAUGAUAUGAACCACGGAGAUCACUGA